AAAAUUUGCUACAACUUUUAUUUUAAAAGUUUUUUUAUAAAACUCCCCGAUUCCCCAGUUCUACCAUCAUCUGCCUCGCGUUGGUUUUCCAGAAACUUUUUUUGAAAUAUUAAUUUUUAAACGUAAUAAGAUUACUCAUUUUUCGAUUAAGCAAUUAUUAACUCAUUCUUCAACACAUCGUAAUAAAUCGUAGCUUUAAUUAGGUCUUAUGAAACUAUCAGCAUUUCUAGUUUAAAUAAUAGGCAUUCCAACCGUUUUAAACAUUUUUAAACGUAAUAACGAGAGGAACCUUCGAAUUACCAAAAAUGAUAUAUUUACUUAAUUAAAUGGAUUUUAUUGGAAGUGCAGCCGAACUUUUUUUAUAUACAAAUAUUUAAUUAAGCGUUUAAUCUAAAUGUUGACACAUUAUUUUAAGAAAACAUCGCGCCAGGAAAAUUUUCAAGUACAUAGCUUUGAUCAUAAUUAUUAUUAUUAACGCCUAAUCGGGAUUUACUUUCGGCAUCAUCUCUCUAUGGGAAUAUUUACCCCGUUUUAUUGUGAACUUAACGCUUUAUUUAUUAAUAAUUAAUAAAUUAUUAGGUAAAGAAUUAUUUCUUAAAAAAAAAUAAACGAAAUAAAACAUUUUAACGUCAAAGUGGCAAUAAAAUCCUGUCACCUCAAUAUUUACUCACCUUAAAAUGAAAAAAAAAAAAAAAAUAAAGAGAUAAAAUUAAAUUACAACGCAAAAUUACGAAAUCACUUCUCUUUUAACCUCACGACGGUAAGAAAUUUUAAUUUUAACACUUAAAAUUACUCAAAUAGAGGCGCUUGCAGUUUCUAGUUUCUAGUUGUAAAGUGCGUGCGUAAAAUAUUACUUCUUUUGUAAUGGUAACGCGAGCCACAUCGGCCACAUCGCGUGCAAACAUCGUUAUCAACUCGUGGUAAAACUUUAAAAGCCCCCAUUUGGAUCGAAAAUAAUCGAGUGUUAUCUUCGAAAUUGAAACGCGAAGAUCGAAAAGGAAUUGAAACCUAACUGUUUGGAAUUUCUUGGGUGUUGGGAUUAGAAGUUGUUAUGGGAGACGUUUGCAAGCAAAUCAAGAUCGAAAGGCCGUUGUACGAGCAGGCGCAGUUGCAUGAUGAACUUGAGUACCACAAAUCAAAAAAAACUUUGUUUCAAAAAUUCUGCUCAAACUGCAAAAAUAGCAAACCAAAAAAGAUUUUGUACAAAACAAUCCCCGCCUUGGAUUGGUUAAUCCAUUACAAAUGGAAAGAGAAUUUAUCGGCCGAUUUAAUCGCUGGAUUCACGGUCGCAAUUAUGCACAUUCCUCAAGGAAUGGCUUAUGGUUUAUUGGGCAACGUUGACCCUGUAAUUGGAAUUUAUAUGGCUUUUUUCCCCGUUUUAAUGUACGUUUUGUUGGGUACGUCCAGACACAAUUCUUUGGGGACUUUCGCCGUGGUUUGUUUGAUGACUGGAAAGGUCGUUUUGGAACAUAGCAACUCAACAAAUUGUUUAACAAAGAAUUCCACGGAAAUUUUUAAUUUAACGACACCAAAUAAUUGUUAUUCGCCUAUCCAAGUGGCUACUGCGGUUACUUUUAUGACUGCCAUUUUCCAAUUGAUGAUGUACGCUUUACGAUUGGGAGUUAUAAGCAAUUUAAUUUCUGAAACGAUGGUUAGUGGAUUCACAACGGGGGCUGCUGUUCAUGUUUUAACGAGCCAAGUUAAAGAUCUUUUUGGAUACGUUAUUCCGAAACACAAAGGACUUUUCACCGUUGUUAAUACCUACAUCAGCUUAUUCGCCGAAAUAACCCAUUUGAAUUUCGUGGCAACCCUCAUUUCCGUCGUAACAAUCGGCGUCAUGUUAUUCAACAACGAAAUAUUAAAACCCAAAGUCGCCAAGUUAUGCUCAUUUCCAAUCCCCAUCGAGCUCAUGGUCAUCGUUUUUGGCACUUUAAUUUCAUAUCUAUUCAGUUUGAACCAAAAUAACGGGAUUAAAAUCGUCGGGGAAGUCCCAAAAGGAUUACCUUUUCCAAUGGCGCCCCCUUUUUCUUUAAUGAAUGAGAUCAUGUUGGAUAGUUUUAUAAUAGCCGUCGUAUCUUACACGAUAAAUUUAUCCAUGGGGAUGAUUUUUGCUCAAAAAUUAGGAUACGAAGUCGAUGCCAAUCAAGAACUUUUAGCUCAAGGAGUUGGGAAUAUGUUCGGCUCAUUUUUCCAAUGUAUGCCUUACACAGCUUCGUUAUCUCGCUCGGUUAUCCAACAAACAGUUGGGGGAAGAACCCAAUUAGCUUCUUUGGUGUCAUGCAGCUUAUUAGUGAUCGUUCUGAUGUGGAUUGGACCAUUUUUUGAGCCUCUCCCACGAUGUGUCUUAGCAAGUACCAUAAUCGUGGCGUUAAAAUCGAUGUUAUUCCAAAUAAAAGAUUUUUUCAAAUUCUUCAAACUCAGCAAAAUGGACGCGAUGGUUUGGUUAUCAACGUUUUUAAGCGUAGUUUUCAUCGGAAUCGACGUCGGGCUUUUAAUCGGAUUUAUAAUGUCGCUUUUAUCGAUUUUCUUUUUAACCAUGAAGCCAUACACGUGUUUAUUAGGCUCGGUCCCUCAAACCGAUCUCUAUCUAGACAUAAACCGUUAUAAAGGAGCCCAAGAAAUCGCGGGAUUAAAAAUUUUCCACUACCAAGGCGGGGUUAAUUUCGCAACGAAAAACUUCUUCAGAUCCGAAUUAUAUCGAUUAAUCGAGAUGGAUCCGCAAAAAGAAUUAAUCCGCCGAAAAAAAUUAACCUUAAUCGACGAUAAAUCGGACAAAUUUAGCCAAUUAUCUCCGACCGCCGUGGAUAAAAUGAGAAAAAAACAGGAAAAAUUAAAAUCGAGAUCAAACUCGAACGUUCAAUGCGUUAUUUUGGACUUCUCCGCUUUGAGUUAUAUCGACCCAUCGGGGGCGUCGAUGUUAAAUUUGGUUUGUAAAUGUUUUAAUAAAGUAAAUGUGCCGGUUUUUAUUGCUGGGUGUUCGGCGCCGGUUUAUGAAACGCUUUUGAAGUGUGGAUUGAUCGAGACGAAGAGGAAUAUGUUUAGGAUUUUUCCUACGACGCACGAUGCGGUUCAAUUCGCCGUGACGACGCAGUAUUUUAACGAAGCUACGAUUCCUACUGUUAAUUGAACGUUUAUUUUAUUAAAAAAUAUAUUUUAAUUUAAAUUUG